AUCACCAAACACCGGUGUUCUCUUUGUUUUUGUUUUGCUCGCACAAUUUUACUUUUUUAUUACCAAACAUGAGCUCUUCCAGAUUUUACUCCAAAUUGGCCAAAGAAAUUUAUCCAAAUAGUACAGUGAAAAUAUUUCGUAAAACAAAAGCUUCAACAAAAAUAGAAAAUAAAAUAAAAACAACAGAAGAAAUAAAAACAUUAAAGAAGCCACUAGAUAUAAAUGGAAACCUGGAAAAAUUUGCACAAAAUUCAGAAGCUAAGGAAAACACUAUUUCGAAACACAAUGAUAACGGUGAUGAAAAUAAGGAUAGUUCCUUAUUUUCACAAGAAUAUAAUGAAAAUGUUGUAAAAAUUCAAAUGCUUUCGGAAAGUCUACAUAAACAACUUUUCCCCGAUACUCCGCGCUUUGUAAAUAAAAAUGUGGAAAAUAACUCCCUCAAAAUGAGAAAUGAUCUACAACGGCACGGUAUAGACAUUAGCAGCACGCAAAGAUUGGCGGAUGUUAAUUUAAAGUUGCCGCCUUUAAGGGGUAAAAAUAUUGAAGAGCAUUUUCUAGAAAUUGGAAAAGAACAAAUAGAACCGUAUAAAAAGUUACUUCAGCCCUUAGUAGAAUUGAAAACAUUGCCUAGAAAACCUAAGAAAUGGUCCUUACAAGAAGGUUGGACUAUAUAUGAUCCAGGAAGCGGUGAGGGACGAUCUAUAGAAUUUCCUCCGGAAAAUGGUUUAAUAUUUGAUGUGGAAGUUUGUAUGAGCGAGGGAGCAAUGCCAACAUUAGCUACUGCAGUGGGCUGUAAACACUGGUAUUCUUGGGUAAGUCCUCGUUUGGCAGCAGAUAUUUUAGAAAUGAGAGUUAAACAAAAAAUGCCGCAUUAUACGUCAGCAGAACUUAUACCAUUAGGUGUUCAAGGACCAAAAUUAGUAAUAGGUCACAAUGUUUCCUAUGAUCGGGCGAGAUUAAAAGAACAGUAUUUACUCCAAGAUACGAAGGUACGUUUCUUGGAUACUAUGUCUUUACAUGUGUGUGUAAGUGGAGUGACAAGCUAUCAGCGUGCUCUUAUGAAAUCUAAAAAAGAUCCUGCACCCGAAGAUUUGGACUGGUUAAGUCAAAGUUCCUUGAAUAGUUUAGGUGAAGUACAUCGACUUUAUUGUGGUGGGGAGCCAAUUAGCAAAGAGGAACGUAAUGUUUUUGUGGAGGGCACUUUAGCAGAUGUACGCCAGGAGUUUCAGUCUCUUAUGACGUAUUGUUCUAAUGAUGUGGCUGCCACACAUAGAAUUUUGCAAAAACUUUAUCCCUUAUUUGAGGAACGCUUUCCUCAUCCGGUUACUCUAGCCGGUAUGUUGGAAAUGGGUUCAGCUUAUUUGCCUGUUAACAAUAAUUGGCUGCGUUAUAUAGAUGAAUCAGAUUUAACAUAUGAAGAUCUCAGUAUAGAAGCGAAAUAUCAUUUGGCUAGAAGAGCUGAUGAGGCCUGCAGUCUUAUGAAAGAUGAACAAUAUAAACAAAACUUAUGGCUUUGGGAUGAAGACUGGUCUACUCAGGAAUUGAAACUUAAAGCUACAAAAACUAAAGCUAAAACUAAGAAUGAAACUAAUAUUAAGAGACAUUUAACAGAAACUAUUGAUGAAGAAGAACGCUUGCAAAGAAAAUUUCAAUAUUUAUAUGAUUUGAAGCAGCAAUUGCCCGCCCGACGUCCUUUACUACCCGGUUAUCCGGCUUGGUAUCGUAAGCUUUGUCAAAAACCUCCCAAAGAUAACAGCAAUACAGACUGGACACCUGGACCCUCAGAAAUAAGUACCGGCAUGCAAAUCGCUCCUAAAUUAUUAUCACUCUGUUGGGAGGGAUUUCCAUUGCACUAUAUACGCGAACAUGGUUGGGGAUUUCUGGUUCCAUUUACCUCUAAAAUAACCGAAUCUGAUAAUGAAAAUAAAACUACUAUACCCAUAGAAAAAUUGGUGGCCCAAUGUCCCAUACCGGAAUUUGCUCAAUCAUAUGCUUCGGAACAAGAAAGUGAUUAUGCUUUUGGUCAUUUACAAAAAGAACUGGAUAGUAAAUUGGGUAAAAGGGAGUUUUAUAGCAAAGCUAAGAAAACCGAUAAGACAGAUGGUCACUAUAAAGGUUCUGGAGUAUGGUGUAAUCAGAUUUUAGAUAAUUGUUGUUUUUUUCUUAAGUUGCCGCAUAAAAAUGGCAAAUCAUUAAGAGUUGGCAAUCCCUUAUCAAGAGACUUUCUAAACAAAUUCUCCGACAAUGUCUUAAGUAGUGGAGAGUCUGAAAAUAAUAUUGCCAAACGCGUAAUCGAAAUAGCCCGCAUGAUGUCUUAUUGGCGUAACAAUAGAGAUCGUAUUAUGGGGCAGCUGGUGGUUUGGCUAAUGCCGGAAGAAUUGCCACAAGAAUUGCGUAACAAAAACUACCAGUAUGGAGCUAUAUGUCCACAAGUGGUAGCUUGUGGCACGUUAACACGUAGAGCUAUGGAACCUACUUGGAUGACGGCUUCAAAUUCUCAAAGGGAACGUAUAGGUUCAGAACUAAGAGCAAUGGUACAAGCUCCGCCUAACUAUCGCAUUGUGGGCGCAGAUGUUGACUCUCAGGAAUUGUGGAUUGCUUCCGUUUUAGGCGAUGCCUAUGCGUAUGGGGUACAUGGAGCUACUCCUUUGGGUUGGAUGACUUUAAGUGGUACUAAAUCGAAUGGUACUGAUAUGCAUUCCAUAACUGCAAAGGCAGUAGGCAUUUCAAGAGAUCAUGCUAAAGUAAUAAACUAUGCACGUAUUUAUGGAGCGGGACAAAAUUUCGCCGAAGGUUUGCUCAAACAAUUCAAUCCCACAUUCUCAGCCAGCGAAGCCCGCUCUAAAGCUAUGAAAAUGUUUGCCAUAACUAAGGGUAAAAAAGUGUAUAGACUUAAAGAAGAGUUUCAAGAGGAAUUUGAGAAUAGAAGUUAUUCCGGUUACGAGGCCUUAAGAUUGGCUUCCAGCAACAAUAAAGCGGUAGAUGAAAUGUUUGACCGACCCUGCUGGGAGGGUGGUACAGAAAGUGCCAUGUUUAAUCGUCUGGAAGAAAUUGCUACACGCGAUGAGCCUGUUACACCUUUUCUUGGUUGUCGUCUCAGUCGUGCUUUAGAAACCCAUAAUACUGCCGAUGAAAAUCGUUUUCUACCCACCCGAAUUAAUUGGGUGGUCCAAAGUGGUGCUGUCGAUUUUCUACAUUUAAUGUUGGUUGCAAUGCGAUGGCUUUUAGGUGAUAAAGCACGUUUUUGUCUAAGUUUUCAUGAUGAACUCAGAUAUUUAGUGGAGGAGAAAUAUGCUUAUAAAGCAGCUUUAGCUAUGCAUAUUACUAAUUUGCUGACACGUUCGUUCUGUUCAUCACGUCUAGGCCUUAAGGAUCUACCCAUGUCAGUAGCAUUUUUCUCAUCGGUUGAGGUUGAUAGUGUGUUACGUAAAGAAUGUACGAUGGACUGUAAGACGCCAUCAAACCCUCAUGGUUUACAGUUGGGCUAUGGUAUACAACCGGGCGAAAGUUUAAGCAUAUAUGACGCCAUUAUGAAAGCUGGAGGCAGCGACUUAAGUAAAUGGAAAUGAUUAAUUUCUCUUUAAAUGUUAUAUUUUAUAACCAUAUGGACAUACAUAGGUGUAUGAUGAAGAUGAUUUGUUCUAAGUUAUUUUUUUCUUAUACAUAUGUACUUUCUUUAAUUUUUUUUUUGAAAAGAACCAUUUUUGUUGUUUUUUAUUUAUUAAUAAACAUUCUUUUAU